AGACGAGAGAUCGAGAAACAGCGAAAAUGGCCCGUACCAAGCAGACAGCCCGUAAAUCUACCGGAGGAAAGGCACCCCGUAAGCAGCUAGCCACUAAGGCCGCUAGAAAGAGCGCCCCAGCCACCGGAGGUGUGAAGAAACCCCACAGAUACAGGCCUGGAACAGUUGCUCUCCGUGAGAUCCGCCGUUACCAGAAAUCCACUGAGCUUCUCAUCAGGAAGUUGCCCUUCCAGAGGUUAGUUCGUGAAAUCGCCCAGGAUUUCAAAACUGAUCUGCGAUUCCAGAGCUCAGCCGUCAUGGCUCUUCAGGAGGCUAGCGAAUCUUAUCUGGUUGGUCUGUUUGAGGACACCAACUUGUGCGCCAUCCACGCCAAGAGAGUGACCAUCAUGCCCAAAGACAUCCAGCUGGCCAGACGUAUCCGCGGAGAGAGAGCUUAAACAACGACUUGAACA